AUGCUUGCCGGCUUCUCUAUUGAGAUAUAUCUAAAAGUGGAAUCCGGUCUCAAAAAAACCGAACGUCAUGGAGCCUAUGAUUCUCAUCGAGACGCACCAGUAUGGGGCCGAGUGGCACCGAAGAUAAGAGAUAAGAAAACACGAUUAAUCGAUCUUCAGAAAUUCACACUGCGUUGCUCAGUAAAAUGUACUUUUCGAAAGGGGGAAUUACUCCGGGAAGCAGACGAUUCUUAUGGCCCUACUGGUGGUAAAUCUCCGGAGGAAUGUCUGUACCCACCUACCUUCACCGCCUAUGCACUUCAAAAAGAAGCGUCUCCCUAA